AUGAAUACUUCAAGAAAUAGCAUUCGUUCUGUGGGACGUAAAAGUAUUUCUAGAUCAUCUAGAAGUUUAUCAACAUUUAAAAAUCGACUUCAAACAUCAUCAAAAAAUGGUAGACUACAUGUAACAUCAACAGAAAAAAAGUCUCAAUCACAAAAACGUCGUUUUAAAGCAAGUCGUAGUGCAAGUAGAUCAACAUCAAGGUCAGGUUUUACAUCUAAAACUAUGAGUGAAUUUUCAAAUUCUUCUUGUGCUAAUAUUUUUGGCUUGGAAAAUAUUAUGAAUAAAAUAUUUAAAUCAAAAAUAUUUGUAUGUGCUGAUCAAUGUUAUACUUUUGAUGGUAUUAAUGGAAUACUUGUUUCAUAUAAAUUUGUCAUUGCAUCAGAAGGUUCACCUUUUUUUAUUGAUCCUAAAUGUGAGGUAAAACCACCUAUUGCUUUAUAUGAAAGUACUUUAACACCACAUGUAAUUCGAGAAGAAUAUUCAAAAAAUGCUAAUUAUGGUAAUAGUAAAAUAAUUCUUCAAAUAUUUCAAGAUUAUGUUAUUUAUAAACGUGAUAUACAAAUACCUUAUCUUUCAUUAUCUAAUAGUAAUAUAAAAGAAAUUCUUAGUAACAAAGUUCGUAUUGAAUAUUUGUUUAAAAAAUUUUCAAACAAUUCAUAUAAAUUGGAUGACGAGACAUUAGAAUGGCCAGAAGAAAUUUCUACCUAUGUUGUAAAUUCUGAUUUAAAACGUUAUGGACAUGAAAUUCAUUUUAAGGAUGUAAUGGAAAUAUGGUUUGGAAUAAAUCGUUUUGAACAAAGUGCAGAUGAUUAUAAUGUUGCUACAUUUACUUAUAGAGAAAAAGAAGCAUUUCAUAGGUCUUCUUUUGAUAUGAAAACUGGAGAAUCUUGUGCAAAAAUUUCACGUAAACUUGUCUUUCCAACAUCUAUGAUUGGUGAGACUUUUGAAAUUGCAUAUACAAAAGAAUUUUUUAUGAAUUACGUUAAUGGCAAAUGGAUAAGAGAAAAUGAAAAUAAAUUUAAUAAGAAUAAUUCAUAUUUAUUAUCUGAUAUGUCAAAUUUUACUACAAAUGGAAAUUUAAGUAUUAAUAAUAUUUCUUAUGACGUUAAAGAAACUCCAAGAUAUCGUUAUAAAUCAUCUAAUAUUCUUUCUAAUAGACAUUCAAUAAAAGAUAUUGAUACUUUAAAUACAACUAACAUUCCUGGAUCUUCAAUAACUCUUAACAAUUCAUUCAUUCCACUUAGUCAUUCAACUCCACUAGUCAUUAACACUCAAUCUACUAAAAAAAUAAAUAUGACUACAUCUAAAAAUGACAAACUUCAAUCAACAAAAAACAGUACUACUCCUAAUUAUUCAAAAAGUUUAAAUUCUCCUAAUACACUAAAUAAGGAUAAUGAAAGUUUAUCACAAAAUAUUUAUUAUUCUAUGAUAUCAAAUGACAAUAGUCAUAACACUUCAAAUAAACAAUCAAAUGAUAAAAAAAAUUUAAAUAUUAGUGCAACAAUAGAUAAAAUAUUUGGUGAUGUUACAAAACAUGCUUCAAAUCUUGUAGAUAUUGCUAAAAAUCAAACUGAAGUAAGUAAUAACACAUCAAUAUAUUAUUCUGGAAAUGAUGAAACAUUAAACAUGAAAUCAAAAGUAUGUACUCCAAAAUUAAAUUAUACAAAUAAUGAUAUUAAAUCUCCUAUAGUAUUUAAAAGUGAACCAACAAAAGAUUCACCAUUGAAACAGUUAUUUGAUAAUUUAGAUAUAACUCAAAAUUCUAGUGUUAGCCAUUUAUCAAUUAAUUUAGAAGAUAACUUUAACAAAGUUGAUAGUAAAAAUAAAAUAUUAUCAAUGCCUAGUGAUAAUAAUUCUUCUGGAAAUUUGAGUUUAAAUAAUGGAAAGUCAUUGUCAACUAUUAAAGAAAUGUCACUAGAACAGGGACAAUCACAUUCUAAUCCUUCGAAAUCAACAAUUUCAAUAUUUUCAACUAAGCCUGAUAAUAAUAUUUCAGCUGAAGUUUCAAAAUGGUUAAAUAUUGAUAAACAAAAUAGUGAAAUAGUUCUACCAUUAAAUGAAAAAAUGAGCUAUGUUAAUUCAUCAACAUCAAGUACAUCAUUGUCAAACUCUUCCAGUAAAGAUAUUGAAGAAGACAUCACUCAAGAUGAGAGUAAAGAAUUAUCGAUAACUCAAUAUACAUCACCUGUAAAUAAAUUUAUUUUUAAUUUAAAUAAGAAUCAAGAUGAUAGUUUGAUGAUGUAUAAAAAUUUUCAAUCUCCAAUUAGUGCAAAUUUAAGUACAGCUGUUUCUAUAGCAACACCAUCACAAAAUAUCUCUUUAAAUAAUACACAAGAUGAUAGUAGAUCAAGUGAAUUUAAUAAUUCAUUAAAUUUACAACCAAUAACACCUAUAAAUAUAACACCAGAUAAAUGUAUUAUUAUGAAAUCAGUUGUACGAGAUUUGCCAGAUAUUAAACGUCCAAAAACUCCAGCAUCUUUGGGUAGGCAAAUAGUUACUCCUAUUAGAACAGAAGAAAAUCAAGUAAAUGAUGAUACUAUAAAACAAAAUCUUGAUAGAAAAUCUUCUAAUCAUAAUAUAACAGUUUCCUACUUACAGACAUCUCGAAUACUUCAAACACCAGCAUCAAUAAAAAGAACAAAUUCAGCAUUUGGUUUAAGAGGUAUUAAUUCUCAAUCAUCUAUAUUUGAAUGUCAAAAUAAUGAAACAUCUCCAACAACACCAAAGAAAAAUUUAUAUAGAACACUUUCUGCAACACCUACAAAAAGAUGCCGUUCAUCAUCAUAUAAUGUAUUACCAGUAAAUAAUUUAGAAAAUCAAAUUACUUUUGAAAAUGAAAUAUUUAAAAGAAAAGAAAAUGAUGAAAAUUUUAGUAAUAAGUCAAAACAUCUAAGAAGAUCAAGUGUAUCACCAUUAAGAAGUCCAGUAGUAGAAAGUUCUAUGAGAUUAUCUAGAAAUAUAGAUAUUAAAAAAACACCAAAUUCAGUUAAUAAUAAAAGAAUGGAAAAUAAUUUUUUAUUAAAAACACCAAAUAGUACUAAUAUUUCUUUUGAUAAUAAUAAGAAAACUGAUAAUAUUAGUAGAAAACUUGAUAUUGGUACCUCUGAAUUAAUUAAUAAUUUAGAAAGUCUUUCACUUCAAAAAAUAGAAACUUCAGAAUUAACUCCUAUUAAACUCAAUAUGAAGUAUACUGAACACAACUCAUCAUCAAACAUUAUUGAUAAAGAUAUUAAAUGUCCAAAAUCAUGUACAAAUCAAACUUUAAAAAUUGAAACUCUAGUAACAUUUUGUGGUGAAUUAAAAAAGUUAACACAUACAUAUACAUUUGAUAAUCUUCAUUCUCCACCAAACAUCAAAGUUUUAUCAUUAAAUGUGGAUGGGAAAAAUUUCUAUAAGAGCAAUGAACUUUAUAAUAUUGAUAUUCAUAAUUAA